AUGGCAAUGAGGCACCUAAUCCACAUCGAAUUACUUUUUCUGUUAAGCCAUAUAUUCAACAGGGUGAUUUCAGAACAUUGCAAAAAAGGUGAGGAAUCCAUUUAUGGCUGGAAGUUACAAGGACACAUUUACAAGACUAUGAUGGCAAACUUCGGAUAUGAGUGCUUACUUACCUGUCGUCAAGACAAAAGAUGUCAGAGUUUCAACUGGGUGAUCUCCCUUGACAUGUGUGAGUUCAGUAACAGAACCAAAGAAGCCAGACCUGAGGACUUUGUACCAGACCCAGACAGAUAUUAUUAUAGAAGAGACGUGAAUAGAGGUAAAAUGAACUAACAGGUUGGUAAUUAUAGAAUUAUGUUUUACAGAGUUACUGUAUCUCUUCUUGGACUAUGUACUCUUAUACAGCGAGAUAUAUCCUUUAUUGGGGACCUUAAACUACACCGUUUCUGCCUAUGAGUUCGGAUAGGCGCACAUGUUUGUUUGGAAUCUGAUUGCUGAUAUCAGUCAAUGGAUGCAUUCGGAUAAGUUAAAACUGAAUUCGGAUAAGACAGAAUGUCUUCUGAUUGGAACGCGACAACAACCUCAGAAAGUAAGUAACAUCAGUACCUUAUCGGUCGGCGACUCCCAAAUUGCUCCAUCUUGUGAAGUUCGAAACCUGGGAACCUGGUUUGAUUUGUAAAAUGAGUAUGCUAAGUCAUAUCAAUAGAACUUGCUCAUCCGCUUUCUAUUAUCUUUAUAGCAUGAGUUAAGAAUUAGGAAAUAUUUAAGUCGUAAUCAGUCACCGAAUCAUUAGUGCAUGCUUUUAUAACCAUAAGAGUAGAUUAUUGUAACAGUCUACUGUAUGGGCCUCCCGAAUUCAUAUAUCAUAAAAAUUCAAAGGAUACAGAAUGCCGCAGGUCGGUUGGUCACUGGAACACCAAGAUACUGCCAUGUUACACCAUUGCUUUUCCACCUUCAUUGGCUUCCGAUAAGUUACCGUAUAAAGUUUAACAUUCUACUUUUGACUUUUAAGUGCUUAUAUGGUCAAGCUCCUGAUUAAUUAAUUGAUUUAAUUACCAUCAAAAAGCACUCCAGGUACUCUCUAAGGUCAAGAGUCUAUAUUCAUCGAGUUACCUGGCAUUAAGACCCAUCCAACUCUUGGCGAUCGUACACUGUUCCAGUCAGCUGCACCUUAUCUCUGGAAUGCGUUACCUUCGGCAAUUCGCAACAUACAGACAUUGGACACUUUAAUUUAAGACUGCUGUUAAAACUCAUUUUUUUAUUUAGCUUUUAAAUAGAUUUGAUUUUUGGCUUUUAUUGUAUUUUUUUUACAGUUUUUAAAAGCUUUUAAUGUAGUUUUUAAUAGUUUCUUAAAACGCUUUAGUCACCUUUAAUAUAAAUUAAAUAUAACAAUAUUGUAAAGUGCAAUCGAAUAUAUUCACAAUUUUAUUAUUAUUUAUGGGAUGAGCACGAAUCCGACUCUACCACCCAUAAAAGAUAGACACUAGAGGUGGUCACUAGCAAAGAUUCAGAUAAGUCUCUUAAGGCUCCUCCUAAAGGCUCGCGCUUAAACAGGUACUUCACACACAUUCAUUGCCAAAGGGUAGUUCAUUUUAUUAAUGACAGAUUUUUCUUCCAGUUCCUCUUGGUUCCAUUCCUGAGCUCCCAGCAGAAACGUGUAAAGAGAUCAAAGCAAGCGAAGGAGAAGCCAUAAGCAAGAAAUACUGGAUGAGUAUCAUUAAACCUGGUUUCACUGUUCUCGCCCAUUGCGAUAUGAAGUCCGAAGGUGAGUAAGCUGAAAACUUCUUAUCAAACAAGAAGUUCAGUUCCUUAUUGGAAGAAAAAUAUUCCUGUUUAAUUCAGGUGUUUUCCGUAAAUACCUCACACCAAUAAAUAAACUUAAGGCAAUCAAAUAUGUAGUAAUUUUCAAGAAACUGUCCCAUCAAGCCUUGCCUUUGCUGGCUGGGUAGCAGGAAAGGUUUAUCAAGGAAGAACAAGUUGAUGGUCAUUAACUACAAUCUAUAAUAAUACUGUAUUAACUUUAGAGGUUUUCUUUGCAUUUGAGAAGCUCAAGAGGCUUGGGGUGCAUAUAUCAUUUGGUUGUUCCUUGUUUUUGCUCAGAUGUUGACGAAUGCACGGCUUCUUCUCCCGUCUGUGACGUCAAUGCCCAGUGUACGAACACUCGUGGAUCCUUUACCUGUACAUGCAAGCUUGGCUUCUCUGGUGAUGGAAAAACAUGCAAAGGUGUGUGCUUGUAGGAGACUCGUAAGAAAACCAUCAAAUGUCAAGUGCCUAGAAAGAAUACUGCUUCCUUGUUUAUACAACAUAGAUCGGCUUUCGUAGAUCCUUCCCACAAUCCUAUGAAAAAAGUACCAAAUUCUACGCCUGGGCGAGUUAACUGGUCAUCAUAGCGAUUUUUAUGAAAUUGUAUCGCCAAGGCUCUACCUCGUUUCAUUGUAGAUAGAUAGAUAGAUAGAUGAUAGAUAGAUAGAUAGAUAGAUAGAUAGAUAGAUAGAUAGAUAGAUAGAUAGAUAGAUAGAUAGAUAGAUAGAUAGGUAAUAGAUAGAUAAUCUUUAUUUAUCAACGGUCAAUUCAUCAGCCAAAAAAUUACAGUUCAAAUAAGAAAACAUUAUAAACUAUCCACAUUAUAAAACAUAUUAGUUGAAAUAAAAAGCUGCCUUUCCACGAAUGCCGUUCUCUAGAGUACUUGUUUAAGAAGAUAUCUGAAUUUCGUAAGGGACUCUGCUUGCCUCACAUUCCACGAGAGUUUGUUCCAUAGGUGGCGCCACUUUAGCUAAAGCUAUUUUUGAAAUAAUUUGUCCUUGGUAAAGGGAGGCAAAGUUUAUUCUCAGACUCUCUAGGGUUACAUGCCGUCGUGUUUCCUUGAUGGAGAGGAAUGCGGUAAAGGUCUCAUGAUGAAGGGACAACGUACAACUUGAUAGUCAUAAACUACUUUAAGAUUAAGUUACAGGUUUGCUUUGCAAUCAAGAAGCUCAGUAAGCUAGUGUUCCUUGUUUCAUUUGGCUUUUAUUUUCUUUGCUCAGAUAUUGACGAGUGCAAAGCUUCUUCUCCCGUCUGUGACGUCAAUGCCCUGUGUUCGAACACUCGUGGAUCCUUUAGCUGUGCAUGCAAGCUUGGUUUCUCUGGUGAUGGAAAAACCUGCCAAGGUUUGUGAAUGAAAACAAAAUACGAACAUGAAGAAAGAAGGGUAUUAUGCGGGCCAUAUUAUUUUUGAGAUAUGUAAGAGUUCCAGCAUGUUAUCAUCAGAGUAAGCCCACUCUAAACCUGCACUAUGUCCUUAAAGCAACAGGCCUUCCCCCCGUACUCGUAGUUGUUCCUUCUAAAGCAGCAACAAACACGGUAAUUACCAUGGUAAUAAAUCCAAAUACUUUCACUCAUUAGACAAAUCAUUUAUGUACAAUUCCUCAGUCGUUGUGUUUAAUUUUAAGGAAAUGAAUCAGUUGACAGGUUCAUUUUGCCAUUUUAAGCAGCAAUGUGUCAAAUAUUGAGUUGCUGUUCCUUUUUUCAUAGGGUGUACCGUCUUCACCGUAUUAUAAUUUCCCUAGAUAUUAUAAAAUCCUUUGAUUUUAAUCGUAAACUGACAUCAACGAGUGCAGUAAUAUCCCAUCCGCUUGUUAAAACAGGCCCCUGUAGCACCUGGACUAGAAACCUUAAGGUCAUACGUUCAACUCCUAUUGGGAGUAUUCGGACGUUUUCUUCCGAGCCGCGUGUGUCAAUGACUGACAUAAAACCCCUUUCUCAAGUAUUCACCAGCCUUAAUAUUCUCCAUCACAUUUCUACCUUUGACGGCCCUUUUAUAUCGGCGCGUAGACCGUCCCCCGCAUUCUUGAGAACGAACACACCAACUUAAGCAGACAUAGCACAGUGAUUUGUGUGAAACUAUCCACUUUGCAAGCCUCGGCCUCGUUUAAUUGUGUUUGCCAGCUUUAGUGACUACGCUUAGUUAUUAUAUUAAGCUUGUUUCAGUUGGCUGUUUUGCUUUUUUGGCACAGAUGUUAACGAAUGCACAGCUUCUUCUCCUGUUUGUGAUGUCAAUGCCCGGUGUACGAACACUCGUGGAUCCUAUAGCUGUGCAUGCAAGCGUGGCUUUUCUGGUGAUGGAAAAACAUGCAAAGGUUUGUGUUUAGACUUUCACGGCCCUUGUUUUUCGGCACAUAGACCGUCCCCGGGACGCAUUCUUGUGAACGAACACACCAACUUGAGCCGAUAUAGCACGGUGAUUUGUGUGGAACUAUCCACUUUGCAAGCCUCGGCCUCGUUUAAUUGUGUUUCCCAGUUGUAGUGACUACGCUUAGUUUUAUAUUAAGCUUGUUUCAGUUAGCUGUUUCGCUUUUUUGGCACAGAUGUUGACGAAUGCACAGCUUCUUCUCCCGUCUGUGAUGUCAAUGCCCAGUGUACGAACACUCGUGGAUCCUAUAGCUGUGCAUGCAAGCGUGGCUUUUCUGGUGAUGGAAAAACAUGCAAAGGUUUGUUUUUAGACUUUGAUGGCCCUUGUUUAUCGGCACGUAGACCGUCCCCCACAUUCUUGUGAACGAACACACCAACUUGAGCAGAUAUAGCACAGUGAUUUUUGUGAAACUAUCCACUUUGCAAGCCUCGGCCUCGCUUAAUUGUGUUUGCCAGCUGUAGUGACUACGCUUAGUUAUUAUAUUAAGCUUAUUUCAGUUGGCUGUUUCGCUUUUUUGGCACAGAUGUUAACGAAUGCACAGCUUCUUCUCCCGUCUGUGAUGUCAAUGCCCAGUGUACGAACACUCGUGGAUCCUAUAGCUGUGCAUGCAAGCGUGGCUUUUCUGGUGAUGGAAAAACAUGCAAAGGUUUGUGUUUAGACUUUGACAGCUCUUGUUUAUCGGCACGUAGACCGUCCCCCGCAUUCUUGUGAACGAACAAACCAACUUGAGCAGACGUAGCACAGUGAUUUUUGUGAAACUAACCACUUUGCAAGCCUCGGCCUUGUUUAAUUGUGUUGCCAGCUGUCGUGACUACGCUUGGUUAUUAUUUUAAGCUUGUUUCAGUUGGCUGUUUCGCUUUUUUUACACAGAUGUUGAUGAAUGCAGAGCUUCUUCUCCCGUCUGUGAUGUCAAUGCCCAGUGUACGAACACUCGUGGAUCCUAUAGCUGUGCAUGCACAGCUAUAGGAUCCACGAGUGUUCGUACACUGGGCAUUGACAUCACAGACGGGAGAAGAAGCUCUGCAUUCAUCAACAUCUGUGCAUGCAAGCGUGGCUUUUCUGGUGAUGGAAAAACAUGCAAAGGUUUGUGUUUAGACUUUUACGACCAUCAUCAAGCAUCAAGCACCGUGAAAGAAUACUCAUUCUCUGUUUAUAUAACAUAGAUCUUUCCCAAAUUUCUAUAAAGAAAUGUAAAGGUUUGUGAGAUCCUUAAACGACCGUAAGAGAGGAUGGCAUCAUGGGUGUUAUAAGAAAUUUAAAACCAAGCAUAUUAUCAUCGAGACCCACUUCACAACUGUACUAUCGUAGUGCAAACGAGCCUUUCACCAUUUUCUUUGUACACAAAUGCUAUUUUAUCUAAAAGCAUAAAUGCACUGAGUGUGAAAUGAAGUGCAUAUACUUUCAAGGCAUAUCUUCACUUAAAUGAAACAACUUACUCAAAGUCGUUGUGUUUUGUUCAUUUUUACGGACAUGACCUCCACAGGUUCAAUAAUGUUUCAAGUUAUUGUCUUGCUUUAGUUAGCGUGUAUCUUCUAUACUGUACUGUUUCUUCCUGUAUAAAGGCAUCUUUUUGUCCAAUCGUGGAUAUCAAUGAUUGCAGCGCUCUCCCCUCCAUUUGUGAUGUGACUUACUAACUGCCAGAACAAAGUAGGCUCUUGUCUCUGUACGCGCAAACCUGGUUUUGUUGGAAACGAGAAAACGUGUCAGGGUAUCUGCAAAUUUUACUUUAAAUUGCACGAGGCUUUUACGGUAACGUUGCAAGUGGUCUAUUAUUUAAAAAGUACUAAGAUAUUUGACAACGAAAACAAGGAAAUAGAAAAUGUCGGACGUUUCGGCCAUAUGAAAAGGGCAUAGAUGCUCGUCUUCUCUCUUGGAGGGGGUUGUCGUAAAUUGCAUAAUUUUCGGAGUUUAGGACAAAUCACGCCAAAUUUUGACAAAUUGCGUUAUUUACAAGCAAACGGGGAAGAAAGAAAAAGAAAAAUUAAAAUACAACAAAUUUAACGCAGUUAAAAGUAUCUAUAGCUUCUAUUUGGCUGCCUAUUUUAACAAGGUAAAUUUUAACGUUCAGAUUAAGCAACUGAGCCACACCCAUAUUGGUUUCCUUUUGAGAUGUUUUAAUUUUGUUCCAUUCACAUAUGAUUUCCCUCUCUGUUAAAGGAUUAUGGUUUCUUGCAGGCACAGUCGAACCUCCACUAACGGCCACCUCUCAGCAACAGCCACUUUUUUUGUCCAGACGGACAGUCCGGUCCAUACAUUGACUUUUAUGGAAACCUCUCUAUAAUGGCCACCUCUCCACAAGGGCCACGGCCUCUAAAACGUGUCCCCAAGUGCGAAAAUAACCUCUCGACAACGGCCAGUUUUUUCAGCGACUGAUGAAAAAGUAAAAAACGGUCAUGAAAUUUGAUCCGUAUGACGUAUUGAUGAUAAACCGCGGCAAUCGUAUUUUGAUUUUGUUUCAUUUUUACUGCUGCAGUAAGCAUAAAUUGUCUAAGAAAAAAGCGGAUGUUGCGAACCUUUCUCGUUUUGUCCUGUUAACAUUUUGAUUUAAAACAUAAUUCAAGAUUUUUGCGUAUUUUAUCUCUAUAUAUUAUUUAUGACUGGAUUAUUAUCAUUAUGGGGGACAGCAAGCAUGAAUGUAGGAAAAUAGACAUGUUGUAAAAUUGUCAUUUUACACCCCUCUACACAUCGACCACUUUCUUCUGACCCCAAGGUGGCCGUUGUGGAGAGGUUCGACUGUCCAUUCAAAUUGAUUUAGUUACUGAUCUGAUAGCGCAACGUCGAUGGCCUUCAUUUCUAUGCCUAAUUCAAAACAAACCAUUUAUAUAACUGGUACUGAUGGUAAGAAACUUUGUUCUGCAGUCUCAUGCAAAUCAUGCAAAUCAUGCAGCCAGAUAAAGAGAAUUGAUAGCAAAGCAACUGAUGGAGUUUACAGAGUUACGCCAUCUUCCUCAACUUUCCAAGUAUGUUUUAGUUUUAUACAUUAUUUAAUGAAACUGCAUAAAGGGCGAUUUAUUCUCUUGGUUUAUGGCUUGCCAGUGACCUCUUCAUGUCACCCAGUGAUGACAGUGGACUAAUUAAAGGAAGGAUGAGCUUAAAGGGCAACAAAUCAUGAUUGGAAAUUCGCGGUCCUACACUGCAGAGGUCAAUUUGUAAUGGCUUGAACGCGACAAAUAUUAAUAGCUGAUUAAAAUUAUAAACCCGUAAAGAUGAUACCUAACGGACGUGGGGGUAAACGUUUGUUACUUUUGGAAAUUUUAAUGUUCUCUUCUUAAAAGGCUCACAUUAUCGCGAGCUUCUCGUGUAGAUGCAUUCCAACAAGGUUCAAAUGGUUUUUAUUAAAAGAAUUAUCAAUGCGCUUACGAUGGUAAAUUAAAUCUGAAUGGAAAAAACUAAAGUGUUCAAACGUUUCUCAAAAGUGUAUGCAGAUUCAGGGUAAACUAUUACAGAUUUUCAGUGCAUAAGCGAUAUCCAUAAGUCUAGGAAGUCUAACAGAAGCGGAACUUGCAAGAAGUGAAGACAAAUAGUAAGGAGUCAAAUCAUUUACAAUUUUGACAUCGAUGUGUGCAAUGAUAGUAAGCCAGUGCAAGUUUUUCGUGACAGGCGUUAUAUGGUCGGUUCUUUUUAUUCGUGAAAUCAAAGGUGCGGCACAGUUCUCAAAACGUUGCAGCUUAUCUAUUUCUCGGCUUGCUAUAGGCCACUAUAUAAACUGUUACAAUAAUCCAAGAGCGACAUGACGAAAGCAUUGAACAUCAUCGUAAGGUGAUUGUUGCUCAGAUACUUCCUCAAUCAUUCAAGAAAUCGAAUCGGCAGCAUAGCCUCUUUGCACAUUUCAUUAAUAUGAUGACGACGAUUGAGCUCUCUAUCUAGUUUUACACGAAGAUUACAAACUCGGUCUGAUGGUUGUACUCCAGCGUUGCCGAUAGAAGAAUCAGUUAGAACUGGGUUCUUGAAGAAUGAGAACUAAACUGAAUGACCUCAGAGACCUCUGUUUUACUAGGAUUGCACGCUAACUUAUUGAUGGUGUCCCAUUCCAUAACUUAAUCACUAAUACACUUCUGAGGGGUGCUCACGGCCGGACGUUGAUCAAGAUGAUCAAUAUUAAUGUAAAGUUGAGAAUCAUUUGAAUAGAACAUACAGUCUAGGUUAUGAGCAGAGAUCUUGUCCUGAAUAGCUGAUGUAUAAAGCGUGAUCAAGAGAGGUCCUAGUGUCAACCCUAGCGGGACUCCAAAUUCUAGCAUUCUUUGUGUUACCAAUAAUAACAAAUUGUGUCCGAUCGCGACCCGUAAGAUAAGACGAAAACCAAUUUUAACACUAUGUGGGAAAAACCAAAAUAACCACUCAGUCUACCAAGAAGUAUAGUAUGGUCUACGGUGUCAAAUGCGGCUGACAGAGCAAGCAUGAUGUUUACGGUAGGCGAAUUGCAUAGAAUGCAUUAAAUGAUUUUUCUCCGAGUAUCAAUGUGUUUGAACCGCGCGACAACCUUUCGAUAACGUUUGCUAGGAAAGGUAUUAUAUUGGCUACAGGUCUGUAAUUUGUAAAACAUCUUUGUCAUUUUUCUUGGCGAAAAAUCCCUCUUGUAAUAAAUAGUAGCCACAUCGCCAACAUACACUUAAAUAAUAACAGGAUGAGACCUAAACGUUCUCUGGGAAGAGUUAAAAAUACUCCUUGCUUAUCUUGGAAAAAUAGUUUAAUUGGAAUGCUAAGUAAACGUAUUCCCAAAAAUCUUUUAAGCCUCAUUGUUCAUGGUUAAUGACGCUCUAAUACUCUUUUAGCGACAAAGUUUCUUCAAUCAGGAGUAUAUCUCAAUAUUAUGUUAAAGUAACACUAACAUGUUAAUCGUACCCUCCAUACGAGAAGCUCGCGAUAAUGAAAGCCUUUUAGAAGAGAACUUUAAAUUUCCAAAGGUAACAAACGUUUACCCACACAUCCAUUACGUAUCAUCUUUACGGGUUUAUAAUUUUAAUCAGCUAUAUUUGUCGCGUACAAGCCAUUAUAAAUUGACCUUUGCGGUGUUGGGCAUUGCCUUGCUCUGUUGAAUGGUUGCGUGUUGUGUGCUGCAUUAACAAGAAUAAUUAUCUAUGUUUUGUGAUUCUUAAGUUUGUUCUGAUUUGUAAUCAAAUGGUGACGGGAGGCCGGGAAGUUAUUAGAAUUUUUGGACGAAACGGGAGUGAAAUUAUUCCCUUAUUCCACGAGUAAACUAUUUGAUUACUUUAAUAACUCCGCUCUUUUCCUGUUGCCAUAUAUUGUAGACUCGUGUAUCGUUUCUUUCAGGUAUACUGUGAUAUGACUUCCUCUGGACAAGGGUGGACACUCAUCGCUCGGUUCUCUAACAGAGACGCAAAAAACUGGAUGAGUGAUUCUGGGUUUUUGUGGUAUGACAGAAGAACAAGUUAUGGAUGGACGACUGAUCCAUCAUACAAUGCUGACAUGAUCGCUCCCGCAUUCUGGACGGUCGGAGGUAACGAGUUGAAAAUCACGCGCAGUAAUGACAGCCAGCACACCGCUCUCUUGCAGACGACAGGAAACUGUCUAGGUGGAAGGACAUUUCGAUCGAAAAUCACAGCCUUUGGUAACUUUAGGAAUGGCGCCGUUUGGACAAGUAACCAAUGUCUGGGUCAUUGUACUGUUCAGUAUGGCGGUCAGUACGCAACAACUGGAGGCUUCAAACAGGCAACAUGCCAAGGAAACAUCCAAAGUGCUAAUGCAAUCGGCUUCUGGUGUGACUGGGACACAGGUGAUGGAGCGGUGAUGAUGAUUGGUGGAGGAGGCAACACCUGUUCACGUGCUGACCACGGAAUUGGAAUAACAGAAGCCAAUGCGGCAUCUUUUGAUGAUGAUGGAACCAAAGAACACGAUUUUGGGGAUGAGGCUAACUCGGCACAAGAUACAACAUACUCCCUAAACCUGUGGAUACGAUGA